AUGGAUACAGCUUCUUUGAAUACGUCCCUGCAGUCUGGAGACUACAGCAUGAACACGGACUCCUCAAAUCAAUCCAUGAAGUCAUGGGGCGCCAUGAAUGACACCGACUCUCAUUUGAGCCGACACUGGAACUUCUUCUUGGCUGCUAACUUCAUUAAUGUCGUGGAGAAAUGUAUGAGCUCAAUGCAGUCAGGGACUCAGAUGGUGAAGCUGAGAGGUGGUUCCAAGGGUCUAGUGCGCUAUUAUUUCCUGGACGAACACAAGUCCUGCAUCCGCUGGAGGCCCUCCAGGAAGAACGAGAGGGCGAAAAUCUCCAUAGACUCGAUUCGGGAGGUAUGUGAGGGAAAACAAUCAGAGAUCUUUCAGCGCUACUCAGAGGGAAGUUUCGACCCCAACUGCUGCUUCAGCAUUUACUACGGCGAACACAUGGAGUCCCUCGACCUGGUGACGGGUACGGGUGAGGAAGCUCGCACCUGGAUUACUGGCCUUAAGUAUCUCAUGGCAGGCAUCAGCGAUGAAGACAGCCUGGCCAAACGCCAACGUACACGUGACCAGUGGCUGAAGCAGACGUUUGCAGAAGCUGACAAGAACGGAGAUGGCAGCUUGAGUAUAAGCGAGGUGCUCCAGCUCCUACACAAGCUUAAUGUUAACCUACCACGGCAGAAAGUAAAGCAGAUGUUCAAGGAGGCAGAUACAGAUGAUAACCAGGGGACUUUGGGCUUUGAUGAGUUCUGCUACUUCUACAAGAUGAUGUCGACCCGGCGAGAUCUGUACCUCCUGAUGCUCACCUACAGCAACCAUAAGGACCACCUGGAUACAGACGACCUGGCACGCUUCCUCGAGAAUGAGCAAAAGAUGACCAAGGUGAUGAAAGAGCACUGCCUCGAAAUUGUCUCCAAGUUCGAACCCUGUUCGGAAAAUCAGAAGCAAGGGGUCCUAGGGAUUGACGGUUUUACGAAUUACAUGCGAAGUCCGGCUGGAGACAUCUUCAAACCCGAACACUACGAAGUAAACCAGGACAUGAACCAACCUUUGUGCAACUACUUCAUCGCCUCCUCACACAACACGUACCUGAUGGGGGACCAGCUAAUGUCCCAGUCCAGGGUGGACAUGUACGCCUGGGUCCUGCAGUCCGGUUGCAGAUGCGUGGAAGUGGACUGCUGGGAUGGACAGGAUGGGGAGCCAAUUGUUCACCAUGGCUACACCUUGACCUCCAAAAUCCUCUUUAGGGACGUCAUUGAAACCAUCAACAAAUAUGCAUUCGUGAAGAACCCGUAUCCAGUGAUUCUGUCCAUAGAGAACCAUUGUAGCGUCCCUCAGCAGAAGAAGAUGGCUCUGUACCUAGUAGAGAUUCUGGGGGAGAAGUUGGACUUGUCUUCAGUCAGUCCAAAUGAGUCUGGAUUACUGCCCUCACCUGAAGCCCUCAAAGAAAAAAUCCUGGUUAAGGGUAAAAAACUGCCACCAAACAUUGAUGAAGACGCAGAGGAGGGGGACGUGUCCGACGAGGACAGUGCUGAUGAGAUGGAGGAUGACUGUAAACUGAUGAACGGAGAUACUUCUGUGAACAUAAAGCAGGUGGAAAAUGUGGCUAAGAAAAAGUUGGAUUCCCUGAUGAAAGAGUCAAAGAUCCGUGACCGCGAGGACCCAGACAGCUUUACCAUCGCAGUGCUUCCUCCGUCUGGAAAACGAGAAGGGAAAACGGCUGUGAAGGGAAAAGCAGAUGAAGCAACGGACACGGGUGAAGAUUCCAGCCCCAGCACUCACAAACGUACGGGCAGGUCCUUCAUGGGUAGCUUUUCCAGACGCAAGAAAAAGACGAGCAAGCUGAAGAAGACGUCGAGUUUUGAGGACACGGAUACGGAUCAGGAGAGCUCCAGCAGUGCAUCCAAAGCACCAUUACAUCAUAACAGAAGGAAGAAAACAAUGAAGUUAUCCAGAGCUCUGUCUGACCUGGUAAAAUACACUAAAUCUGUAGCAAUGCAGGACCUGGAGACACAAGGCAGCAGCUGGCUGGUAUCAUCCCUCAGCGAGACCAAAGCUCACCAGCUGAUCCAGCAGAAGCCAGCACAGUUUGUGCGCUUCAACCAGCGGCAGCUGUCGCGCGUCUACCCCUCAUCAUACCGUGUGGAUUCGAGCAACUUCAACCCUCAGCCCUUCUGGAACGCUGGAUGUCAUCUGGUUGCUUUGAACUACCAGUCAGAAGGUCGAGUUCUUCAGCUGAAUAGGGCCAAGUUCUACAACAAUGGCAACUGUGGCUAUACUCUGAAACCCAAGUGUUUGUGUGAAGGUCCUUUUAACCCGAUGCUGGAGGACCCGUUGCCAGGACAGAUGAGGAAACAGCUGGUGCUAAAAAUUAUCAGUGGGCAGCAGCUGCCCAAACCCAAAGAUUCCAUGCUUGGAGACCGAGGCGAGAUAAUUGACCCAUUUGUGGAGGUGGAGAUCAUUGGCUUACCAGUAGACUGCUGUAAGGAGCAGACCAGAGUUGUGGAUGACAACGGGUUUAACCCCAUGUGGGAGGAGACCUUGGUCUUCACUGUCCACAUGCCCAAGAUUUCACUUGUGCGCUUCUUGGUUUGGGAUCAUGACCCCAUUGGCCAAGAUUUCAUUGGUCAGAGGACCAUCGCCUUCAACAGCAUGAUGCCAGGUUACCGUCAUGUGUAUUUAGAAGGAAUGGAGGAGGCAUCCAUUUUCAUUCACGUGGCUGUGAGUGACAUCACUGGUAAGGUACGGUCAGCCAGCGGUAUAAAAGGGUUGUUUCACAAAAAUCCAAAGCAGUCAUCUCUCGACAGCCAUGCUGCUGCUCUGCACAGCCGUAAGCCCGCAUUUGGAGCCCACCUGCUUCGUCGCACGGCCAGCGCCCCCACCAAGGGCCAGCCCAAAGUUAAGCGUGGCUUUCCUGAGAUCUCCAUCGACACCAAAGACUUCAGCUCAGAGGGGGCAAGCUCAGAGCGCGAGUCAGAGGAGGGCCCAGCUGCCCACACCAACGGGGACAUGGCAGCAUCUGCGCGACCGUGGGAGCACGGCACCAACGGGCAACUCCAUCUGGAUAACGCUACAGAACAUUCCACAGUGCAGUGCCCCAGUCCCUCUCUGCACCUCCUUGAAUCCAUCGCUGAAGAAAUUCAGGAUCGACCCAUGCUCGAUCAGGCGGAUAACUCGCAGCAUCAUCCCAACCACUCUUUUAGUUUAUCUCCUCUUUCUACUGCAAUAACACCUUCUAUCAAGGAGGACAAUCAUAUAGCUGUUAAAGUAAAUAAGGAUGAUUUCAUCCCGCCUGAUCCUACCAGUGGUCUCAAUCCCAAAAGCAUAUAUAGGGAGGACAAUUCCAGUACUUCCCUGACUAAGAAUUCCCUUACUAUUGGGAGCAAUAAUCCUCCUGUGACAGAACAAGCAGGAAAUGAAGCGAUGAAUUUGGGAGAAAAGUCUCCAGCGGUCAGAAAUAUUGCUCUUAAGACAGUGACUGCACCUGUGACCACAGUUCAGAGCCCUCACAAGAUGCAAACCUCAAGAAUUAAGGUAGAUAAAGAUCUAAGACAUAGUUUGCAGCCCAAUCCUAGGACACCCAUUCGAAGGGCCAAAAGUGAAGGCCAAGUAAAGUCAGCAUGCCCAUCCGAUGAGCAUUCUCCAGUGCCGGAGAUCUCCAUCAAUGCUACCAUAACUGACCGCCUGUGGUCCAAGCUGGACCCAAGCAGCCACCGAGACAGUGUGUCCUCCUCAUCUAGCAUUUCCUCCAAUGACACUGUGAUCGACCUGUCCUUGCCCAACCUAGCCAGAAAGAGUCUUACUUGUCUCAGAGCUGCUCGGGACUGCCAGGACACCCAGGGGUCAACGGUCAACUGGGGCUGCCAGCCACGGGUAUCCACAACCACCGUUAACGCUCUUUGUGUCAGCAAAAGCAAAUCUAACCCCAACCUGCGAGAUGGAGAAAUGUGCGAGCCAGUCCAUGAGAGUCCAUCAAGGCAGCUAGGAAGUGAGCAUGAUGCCAAAUGGCAUAUGCAGCGACGUCACACCUGGAGCAAGCUGUACAUAGAAGGCUUGAAGCAGUCCUCUGCAUCCCCCAAAAAAGCUACCACUUCUUCUCCAAAGGACAUGGACAACGGUUCCAAGUCCAAAAGUCUGGGUGACCUUACCUCAGACGAUAUCGUGUGCAACUUUGACAGCAAGUAUCGCAGCAUCAGUCGCAGCUUUGUGGUCAGGCCCAACCGCCAGCAAAGGUCGCCCAUGAAGUCCCAGGAUGAUUUGACAGAGCGGCUGAAGAAACUCACAGAUGUGGAGCCACUGACCAGCAAGGAUUUCGAAUCCGGUCAGCAUGACCAAACAGCUGAGGAGAAAGAGGAUGAGCAAGAAGAGUCCCCACCACUAAGGAGAAGUUCAUCACGCAGUCAGAGCCGGGUGCGCUACAUAGCGAACCGUGCCAGACAGGCCCAGGAGAGGCAGCGUCUCCAAGGCCUCCUCAGGACAUUCAGCAGUCCAAUCGAGGAACGGGGAAUCCCAGAGGGAGCCUGCAGCAUCCCACGCAGCCCCUGUACAAGCCUAGACCUGCUGAGCCAGCUUCCUCCAGGACCGCCCCAGCAGAGUCCCCUCAGUCCAGACAACGAUGUCUUUUUCAUGCUCCGUCUUUGACAGGGAAAUUAAAUGCAGACGAUUCUGCA